AUGAACCAAGAAAAAAAUGAAUCAACAACUAAUAAUAAAUUUGUUGGACAAGAAAUUUCCAAUGUACUUAAAGAAUAUGAUUAUGGAAUUCGACCUGGCUCAAUAAAAGUUUUAACGUCAACGUCAACAACAAAUAAUGAACCUCAAGGACCAUUAUAUUCAAAAUUUGAGUUGAUAUCACUCGAAAAUAUUAAGUUAAUAAUUAAAAUAUUUGAAGAAGGAUACCUUAUUGAAUCAUUUGAAUCAGAAGAUGAUGUUAAUGAGAAAGAUUCUGAAACGAUGAAAAAAUGGGUAAACAAACCAUUUGAAUCAAUGGAAGCUUUAUUAUUAACAGUUAGUCCAAAAUUUGGAGAGAAAUUUCAUGAUGCUUUGUUUAACCUUGAUAAUAUUGCAAAUGGUUGGAGUAAAAUAUGCCAAGAAAUUAAAGUUAAAUGGCGUGUUAAAUACAUUGAACCAACGCAAUAUACUCCUGGUGAUUUAACAUUUCCAAGAGCAAAUAUUACAUUUUUAUGUUUUCAACAUGAGAAAUGGAAUCAAUUAAAGAAUGAACAAGAAAAAAUUCAAUUUAUAAAAAAUUUAAUUGACAGGAUUAAUAAAUCAUCAAAAAGAUAUUUUAAAGUUAAAAAAUUGGGUUAUAAACAAGGGGGUUAUGAAAGAGAUUUGACUGAAAUUCACGCAUACAUACCAUACACGAUGAACCAAGAAAAAAAUGAAUCAACAACUAAUAAUAAAUUUGUUGGACAAGAAAUUUCCAAUGUACUUAAAGAAUAUGAUUAUGGAAUUCGACCUGGCUCAAUAAAAGUUUUAACGUCAACGUCAACAACAAAUAAUGAACCUCAAGGACCAUUAUAUUCAAAAUUUGAGUUGAUAUCACUCGAAAAUAUUAAGUUAAUAAUUAAAAUAUUUGAAGAAGGAUACCUUAUUGAAUCAUUUGAAUCAGAAGAUGAUGUUAAUGAGAAAGAUUCUGAAACGAUGAAAAAAUGGGUAAACAAACCAUUUGAAUCAAUGGAAGCUUUAUUAUUAACAGUUAGUCCAAAAUUUGGAGAGAAAUUUCAUGAUGCUUUGUUUAACCUUGAUAAUAUUGCAAAUGGUUGGAGUAAAAUAUGCCAAGAAAUUAAAGUUAAAUGGCGUGUUAAAUACAUUGAACCAACGCAAUAUACUCCUGGUGAUUUAACAUUUCCAAGAGCAAAUAUUACAUUUUUAUGUUUUCAACAUGAGAAAUGGAAUCAAUUAAAGAAUGAACAAGAAAAAAUUCAAUUUAUAAAAAAUUUAAUUGACAGGAUUAAUAAAUCAUCAAAAAGAUAUUUUAAAGUGUUCUUGUUAUUAUACAUUGAGAAUAAUAACCUAGAAAUUUUAUAUGAUAUACAAAUUAGGUUAUUGUCAAAUUUCAUAAAUAGUAUUAUGAUUAUGCCAGUUCAUAAUUCAAAUGAAUUAUUAAAUAUUUUAAAAUCAACCAAAAAUUUAAAAAAGAAUUGGGUUCAUUUAGUCUCUCAAAUGUCAGCAGGAACGAAUAAAUUGGAAUUACAUGAUUGUUACAUUUUACAAGAAUGUUUUCAAACGAUUUAUAAUAUUUCAAAUUCUACCAUGUCACAAUUAUUAGAUGCUUCAUUGGAUAAAGAUAUGUCUGAAAAUGUUCUCAAAUUCUUUGAAGAAGAUUUUAUUUCUUAA